AUGUGUGACAAGAACGACAAUCCCGAGCAAUGCGCUCCUCCUGCGCCCCCUGCAAAGCCCGAGAGCCCUGAGGCAGACCACAAGCCGGAAGAAUUGAAUCCCGAGGCCUCCUGCAAGGGACCUAUGAGCACUACAUACCAGGGUGUCGUCGAUCACCUUCGGAUGAAGCUCCGCUAUGGCAAGCUGACAGAAGAGUGCAAGAAGGAUCUGGUGUUUAUGGCCACUCGCGCUGAGAAGGCUUACCGCAAGUCUUGCGAGAACGCGGAGGGACAGCGUAACGACGAUGACAACGACAUAGGCGAUGGCCCCAACUUCUACUAG